ACAAUAUCCUAUCCUUGUCGAGUGGUAUAGACGAGGUGGGGUCUCUGCGCUGGACGCUCGUGUUAUGGGCAAUACUCCUCAAAGUGAUUGUCAUUGUGAGUCUUUUGAAGAGCGUGAAGUCCGUCGGAAAGUUAAUGAUUUUUGCCACAUUCUUUCCACCGCUAAUUGGAUUGGCGAUGCUUAUUCAAGCAUUUACUCAAAAGGGUGCCAAAGACGGUCUACUAUUUCUCAUUACACCAGAUUUUACUAAACUAGCGGAUUCAAAGGUUUGGAUAGAGGCUUCAUUCAUGGCUUUCUACAGUGUUGGCCCGGGCUGGGGAGGUGUAUUAAUGAUGGGAAGCCAUAUGAAAUUCCACUCUAACUGUUUAAGAAAUGUUAUGAUUGGCGUUGUUGGGGAUGUUUUGAUAGCAUUAUUCAGCAGUGUCGUCCUGUUCUCUGUCAUUAUGUGAUGGCGAGCGAGAUUGGUGUCCCAGUCCAGGACGUUGUAAAGUCAGGCAUGUCCAUCGGCCUUGUCGGCUACAGCCGGGCAUUGUCCUUCCUUCCUGCGCCGUAUGUCUGGGCUGUGGUAUUCUUCUUUGCAGUCACUAUUGUAGGACUUGACGCAAAGGUUGUUUGUACAGAGACGGUGGUGUCAUUCCUGGAACGAUUCGGCGAUAAAUUAGGCCGACAUAGCCAUCUGUAUAUGGUGUUACUGGUCAAUUUCAUUACGCUUCUCCUCAACCUCCCGUUUUGUACACAGGGAGGACCGUACAUGUUCCAGCUAGUAGACUGGUACUUGCCACCAUGGUCGGUAGUAAUGAUUGCCUUGUUGGAGAUUAUCGCCGUUAUGUGGUUUUACGGAGGUGAUCGUGUUGACUACGGAUUACAAGACAUGAUUAAACGGAAAAUGCCUCACGUGAUCCGACUUGCAGCGGCUUAUAUAUCACCGAUACUGGUUUUGAUGUUGCUCCUUAUUAGCUUUGUUCGAUACAGACCUCCAAAGUACGGCUCUUACGAAUACCCGGAGUACGCACUUGUCAUUGGCUGGGCGAUCGCGUGUGUCACCGUCAUCCCCAUACCCUUAAAUAUUGUCUGGAAACUUGCUAAGUUGCCGGGAACAUUGAAGCAGAAAUGGGCAACCCUUACCCGACCGAGCUGUGACUGGGGUCCUAGUGACAGUGCUCAUCGACUAGAGUACCUGGAGCAGUCACAAACCGAGCGGUCCUUGGCAGACAUAGCUUUCUACAAUCUCACCGGUAGACAGAGAUAUCCUGCUAAAAGACACUCUGAAGCUCUGGUAUUGUGUUGACACAAAACGUAUGCAUUGAACCAUGUAAACUUUCUCAGCUGAUACAUUCAUAUGUGUUAUCCCGCUAUUACGGCGACGUCGCAUUCAUUUUAAUAACUACCAUUAUUGCGGCCAGAACGUUUCUCACUAAAAAUGUCAUUCAUAGUUAUCUAUUAUAAAAUCACGCUUCUUGUUAGAUCAUCUUCAGUGGGCAUCAUCUUAAAAAUCUUAUUUUUAUUGUGGAUUAUAUAGCGGAUGAGUAUUCCUGAGUAAAGCGUCACAUAUGUUUACGCUGCGUUUACAUUUCAUUCAAACUGCAACUUCUAUUUUCACUUUACCUAUCGUACAAGAAAGGGAAUUGGAACAUAAUUAUACUUUUAACGAAGAGAACGUAUUACUUAAAAAAAAUGUAUUUUUGGCCAAUUAACUGGUAAAUUACGUUCAUUAUGCGAGUUCGAAAUCAAUUACAGUAUAUAAUCUUAUAAAAUUAGCGAGUUGGCCACCGCCAUAUAACAAGAUAGUGAACAAUUUGGAACCGAAUCUGUUGUUAACUGUAUACCCAGUCAGGUACCAUGUAUACUGACGUUAAUGAUGUAAGCAUAAUAUUAAUAAUAAUGCAUCGCGUUUUGAUAAUAUUUUAUCAAUGAUAUUCCGUUCUGCCAUUCCCAUAAUUUCGAUGUCUUUCCCGGGCGUGUAUAACAGCUGCACUGUACACCGCCUCGUUCGAAAUAAGCGAUGCUAAUUUUGUAAAUAUGUUAGCACAUUUUCUCCCCGGAAGUUAAAAAAAGUAUUUACCGAUAUAUCACAAACAAAGCAACUAGCCAGUUUCUUUCUUCGGUGAACACGUGUGUUGGGGGCCGCCAUGUUGAUCCACUUCACAACGCACUGAAGUUAUAAAUAAAAUGACCUCGAGGUCAACAGUGGAAGUGCGAGAGCUGUUAACAGAGGUGCUAUGACCGCGUUGCACCCUGGGAGAGAUCGUAGCUUGCUAAAACCUUUAUUAACGCUAAAAAAACAUGCUAUGCAAUAAAAGAUUGUUUUAAGGGAAAUAACUCCUAUAGAAUAUAACAUCGGGAUUCUGACCAUUUAAUGUCCAUAUCAAGUGACUAGCAACGGUAGUUUAACCAGUUACCAUUCAAACGUUGCUAAAGAGGGUCAUGAAUAUGUAUUUGUCACCCCGACUGCAUUUAGAGUGACAAUAAAUACAGUCCAGCAAGAGUUAAACAGAUUUAUUGCAUUUUUGCCAGUGGAAUAUAUAGAAAAUCAAACUAAUCAAAUUCAUACUUUUACUGCAGCGAUGAGCAGUGAACAUUUUUAAUCAAUACGAAGAUCGAUUAAUUGGUUAUUUUGCCGCAUUUCUGAAAUAUUCAGACUAGUUUUUAACAGAAUACCUACUUGACAUUAGCUAUUCAUGCACAAAUUCUCCGAUAACAGCAGAAAAAACCCACUUAAAUUGCGUUGAUCAGUCCUUUCAAAAUGGCACCGUCAAGUUCAUGUGGAGUAACGUCACAAAGAGAUGACGUCAUGAAUUAUGUUACGGAUUCCAGCACAUUUGACACUAUUCAUUUUUCAACGUUUUUAAUUUUGUUUUAAGUAUAUGUUUACACUUCCGUUGUGUGUUCGUUACAUAACCUUAGUAACGAAAACAUAACAAAAUGUUCUGCCAUAUGAGUGAAAUAUGUUAUA